UUCCCAACAAUUUCAAGAGCUCAACUCAAAAAAACUCAUUUCCUUCCAAAAAAAAAGCUCUCUCCUUCUCUAUCAAAUCUAGUCUGAAUCGAAGAAUGGGCUAUGAACUUCCUCCUGGUUUCAGAUUCCACCCAACAGACGAGGAGCUUAUCGUCUACUACCUUCGCAACCAGGCCAUGUCGCUGCCCUGCCCUGCCCCCAUCAUACCCCAACUGAACAUCUACAAAUUCGAUCCAUGGGAACUACCUGGGAAAUCAGAGCUCAGCGAGGGAGAGUGGUACUUCUUCACCCCUCGUGACCGCAAAUACCCAAACGGCUUGCGGCCGAAUAGAGCAACCGCGUCUGGAUACUGGAAGGCCACCGGAACCGACAAAGCCAUUUACAGCAGGUCUCGCUCUGUUGGCGUGAAGAAAGCGCUUGUUUUCUACCAAGGCCGCCCGCCUAAGGGGUGCAAGACUGACUGGAUCAUGCACGAGUAUCGGCUACACAACGACACCCACAGCCCCUUCAAGGCUAACAAAUCCAUGAUAUUGGACGAAUGGGUGCUGUGUAGGAUAUACCAGAAGAGGCAGACCAGGAGGAAUACAGAGGAUGUGGUGUGCGGAAUAGAAACGCCUGUGCAAGAGGAAUCUGCCAUGGAGAAUGAAGAUUAUGAGAAGGAGCCAAUGUUUCCACGUUCAUGCUCUUUGGUUCAUCUUCUGGAGGCAGAUUACUCUCAGCUUUUUGGGGACUCGGCUUUGGGCUCCAUUGACGACCUCUUUGAAAGCUGCAUCGGGGAUGAUGGAGACACUCCUAUUGAAGAUUCAGCAACCAUGAGGAUAGCUGGGAAUCACAACGUGCUGUUUGGAAACCAGAUUUUUGUGGAUCCAAUUUUCCAGCACUAGGGAGCUUAAUCUCAGAAGAGGGGAGUCGUGCAAGACGGAAAUCGGCCAUGAACCUCUUCUUCCAGAAUAGGAAAAAAAAUCUACAAAAUAUUGCCAGAGGGUGUCUCUAAAUAGAUGAUGCUCGGUGGAAUGAAAAGCUCAAUUUGCUGUUUCCUUAAGACAAAAACUUUUAAUUUAAAGUUUAUACUAUAAAAUAUACUGAUCAAUUAGUAUAUCCAGAAGAACAGAGCUCAAUUGAAAUUCAAAGUUAAAUCCCACCAAAUCUCACAAAUUGAGCAUCUUCUCAGAGCCAGUCUUGAAAUUGAUAGAUAAAUCAUCCAAGCGCACAUAUAACAUUAGGACUAAUCUGUAAUCAACUAGAACACAAGUGACAAGAUGAAAGAAUCCAGCAGUUUGCAAUUUGGGUUGGAUUGGAUUGGUAUAAAGGGUUGUUUGUAUUACCAUCUGAACUAAUCCAUCAAGCAAAUGUUUUAAGACAAGAACCAUAUUACCAAAAAGCGUCCUCAUGUAUAAGAGAUAUUUUCUCACACUUCACGAAUUAUAUAUUUUUUUCCAA